CAGGGGAAGGACCAACCAACCUGCCGCGAUGGAAGCGACUGGCACCUGGGCGCUGCUGCUGCUGCUGCUGCUGCUGGUGCUGACGCUGGCGCUGCCCCGGACCCGGACCCGAAGCCUCCUGCCCCCCGGGCCCGCACCGCUGCCGCUGCUGGGGAACCUCCUGCAGCUCUGGCCCGGGAAGCUGUACUCGGGGCUCCUGCGGCUGAGUGAGAAGUAUGGGCCAGUGUUCACCGUGCACCUGGGACCCAGGCGGCGUGUGGUGGUCCUGGUUGGGCACCAGGCUGUGCAGGAGGCCCUGGGAGGUCAGGCUGAGGAGUUCGGUGGGCGAGGGAUGUUGGCAACGCUGGACCAGACCUUUGACGGCCACGGGGUUUUCUUCUCCAAUGGGGAGCGGUGGAAGCAGCUGAGGAAAUUCACCACACUUGCUCUGCGGGACCUGGGCAUGGGGAAGCGACAAGGCGAGGAGCUAAUCCAGGCGGAAGCCCGAUGUCUGGUGGAGGUGUUCCAGGGAACAGAAGGCCAGCCAUUUGACCCCUCCCUACUGCUGGCCCAGGCCACCUCCAAUGUCAUUUGCUCCCUCACCGUGGGCCUUCGUUUCCCCUAUGAGGAUGAGGAGUUCAAGGCUGUGGUCCAGGCAGCUGGUGGCAUCUUGCUGGGGGUCAGCUCUCCAUGGGGCCAGGCCUACGAGAUGUUCUCCUGGCUCCUGCAGCCCCUUCCAGGCCCCCACACCCAGCUCCUCCGCCAUGCAGGCACCUUGGCCGCCUUCACCAUUGAUCAGGUGGAGCAGCACCGGGGGAGUCUGGACACCUCAGGCCCUGCACGCGAUGUUGUGGAUGCCUUUCUACUGAAGAUGGCGAAGGAACAAGAUCCAAACACAGAAUUCACUGACAAGAACUUGCUGAUGACUGUCAUUUAUCUGCUGUUUGCCGGGACAGGGACGGUCAGCGCCAUGAUCCGCUACACCCUCCUGCUCCUGCUAAAAUACCCUCAGGUCCAAGAGCGGGUGCGGGAGGAGCUGACCAGGGAGCUGGGGGCUGGCCGUGCGCCAGGCCUGGGGGACCGAGCUCGGCUUCCGUACACGGACGCGGUUCUGCAUGAGGCGCAGCGGCUGCUGGCACUGGUGCCCAUGGGGAUACCCCGCGCUGUCACAAAAACCACCUACUUCCGAGGGUACACCCUGCCCCAGGGCACUGAGGUCUUCCCACUCCUGGGCUCUGUCCUGCAUGAUCCCAACGUCUUCGAGCAGCCAGAAGAGUUCAACCCAGGCCGAUUUCUGGAUGCAGAUGGAAGGUUCAAGAAGCAAGAGGCAUUCCUUCCCUUCUCCUUAGGUAAGCGUGUCUGCCUCGGAGAGGGCCUGGUUCGAGCGGAGCUGUUCCUCUUUGUCACCGCCAUCCUGCAAGCCUUUUCCCUGCAGAGCCCAUGCCCGCCAGGAGCCCUGAACCUCCAACCAGCUGUCAGUGGCCUUUUCAACAUCCCCCCACCCUUCCAACUGCAAGUUCGGCCCUUCUGACCUCUACCCCACCUAUCAUGUGGUGUCUAACCUUUUGGCAUCUCUGGACCACACUGGAAGAAGAAGAGUUGUCUUGGGCCACACAUUAAACAUACAUUGCAACAUGGAAUCACACACACACACACACAAAUCUCAUAAUGUUUUAAGUAAAUUUACAAUUUUGUGUUGGGCCUUAGUCAUAGCCAUCCUGGGCCACAUACGGCCCGCGGGCCGCAGGUUGGACACCCCCGGGAGGGGCAUCGGGAGGUAGUAGCUUCAACCAUGGGCAUGGACAGGGCUGAGUCCAGAGCCAUAAGUCUAUACCACAGGAAACCACAUUCACACACCUGUAGUUGUUUUCUAGAGUCAGUUACACAGAUGAUCAGCUUAUUUGCCCACAGAGCCACACUCAUUGGCCCACACAGCUCUCAAGACACACAACCAUGAGGCAACUCAGCCACACAAGCUUUCUACAGACAUAACUCUAGUCUGUCUGGACUCGCAUGCCUAGAUAACUCACCAACUUGCACACAAUAUAACUCCCCUGGACUCACAACCCACAUGUGAGAGUUCAGCUGUCACUAAAGCGUCAUGGACCACACGUCCUCUUUACUCAUCAAGCUUAGCAGUACCGCUGUCUCUGCGAGCCUGGUGCAAAGAGCAUACACCAUCCUGGGUCAUGUCAUCUCAGAGAAACUGUCCUCAGCCCUCAAGUGACCAUACCACUGUCCAGGCACAUGACCAUCAGAAGCCACACUCCCCUAAGCACUGAACAAUACAGCCGGUUCCCAUGUGACCUUAUCCUAACUCCUAAAUAUCUUCCCACUAAGAGAGAGCCAAAGGCUGGCCUCCUCUGCACCUUCACCCUCCAAGGACACCCCUCUCCAAGCACCCUGAUCCCCAAAUGCUCCCCAAAAUGGAUACCCCCACAUUGUACAGUGUAAACACAGGCCUGGGAACCAAGUAAACUAGAACACAUGGGGACCCUCAGAUCAGAGGAACCCCUGCCAUACACACUCCAGCCUACAUAACUAUAUUGAUAGCCUCCUCUGCCCACUCAACACACACAUUGAUUGACCCACUGUCCCAAUUUGACUUAGCAGAAAGGGCUAGAUGACCAAGU